AUGGCUCGUCGACGCGCGUCUGCCGACUCGUGUGAGUUGGAGAGCCCCGUGUUCAUGGCUGUGGGGACCCCCGAGUCCUGUGACGAGGCCCCACACACGCCAAACCACCGCCACAGCGACAUGUCGCCCACGCUUCAAGCCAUCCAGAGAAGACGACACCUCGAGAGUGUCGCCCAAGCUGACAUGGACGACAUCAUUCUCAGUGGCAUCGACGCCAACAACGACUCGACUAUUUCAGACGCUGUCUACCGCGCCCAGUUGGCCCAAUGCAAGGACGACAACUUGCGCCAGCUGAUUCGACGCGUGGAAAUGAACUACUUUACGCUCAAGUUUGCCCCCAAAUACGAACACGCGUUCGUGUACGUGCUCCAUCGUCGCGCGAUUCGUCGGAUUCGAUAUACACUUCUACUGGGGUUUAUCAGCGUGCUGGCAAAGUCACUCUACGGAGCUCAUGUUACGGACGGUCAAGCCUUGACAUACCCUGAAUCGGUGGCGUUGGGAUUGGGGAUGGGCAUUGCUCUACCGACGAUCAUUGCUGCGUUGGUGUGUACCUUUGUGGAAGCUUGGACGCCGUGGUGCGAGUACUAUUCGUCCAUGGCGUUCUUAAUCGUGUGUUUGGAAUUGACGGCGGAAAAGCUCAUUUUGCACAAGCCAGGCCCGAUUCUCCCUCUGUUUAUUUGCUUUGUGCCAGUGUUUGGCAUCACGCGGCUGCGAUUCCACGUCUGCUGGCGAAUGGUGGCAUUUACCAUCGCGCUCCACUUGGCGGCGCUCCUCGUGGCAGGCCAGGAGAACAUUCCCGAUAUUUUCUUUCAGGGGUUCUCCUACUUGGGGGGGAUUGUGGGGGGGGCAGUGGCCCAUUAUCGUGUGGAGGUCCUUCGACGGCGAAACUUCGUUCUCUAUUUGCCUUUUUGCGCCGAAUCGUUUGACAAGUUUCAAGUGCAAUGUGAAAUGAAAGACCCAAAAACCAGCAAGCAUGAACUCCUCGAGCGAGUGUCGCUGCGCUUCAAGAAUCGGCACAUCGAAGCAUCGUUCAAUCGUUACUGGUACCUCAUUGACGGGUCGCCAUUCCAAAAUGUCCACAAGUGCACUUUACAUCAAAAUGCCGCUCGGACCAUCCGGUAUGCCGUGCAAAGCUCAUUUUUGCAUCAGCUUCUGUUGGCGAUACAAGACUGGCGGUACAUUUACAUUGCCGAGCAAGGCCCCCACAAAACUUAUUGGAUUGCUUUGGGGCUACGCUUGAGUGUCGUGUCGGCCUAUUUCGGGGCUCAGGGGCUCAUGUGGCGGUAUGGCCAUCGGUAUUCCAACUACUGGGAACGCCAUGGCUCCAAGAAACUGCAGAACCACGAGCAAGAGUCCAUGUCCCCCCCACUGCUGGAAGCGCAAGCAACGUUGCCUAGCAACUACGUGUGGAAGAUGCAAUUGUGGUCGGCGUCGAUUGUAUUUUUACAUGCGCUGUCCAUGGGCCUGAUUCUAGUUCUAUUCGACGUGUCGGGCAUCAACAGUGGCGUCGCCGCGCCUUGUUACUACCUCGCCCUGCUCAACGCCAUCAUUUUUCCCCACCGAUCGGGUUUUCGUGUCCGGUUUGUGUUUGCCACCGUGUCGACAACAGUGCUGUCGGUGGUGUUUGCAGUCAUUUGCAGCGCUCUUGUGCCGGUCCACUUUGUCGAAUACACCACCUACGUAGGCGUGACUCUCUCCCUCGGCAUGUUCAUCAGCUACGAAGAAGAGUCGGUCCGGCGGUCGUUUUUCGUUCGACGGGCGAUCCGGUCCCAUGAAUUUGCAGCGUGGCAUGCUGCCAUAUCGGUACUUCGGCCGCACAUUCGGCGAAAGAUGGCCGCCAGGCGAGCAGCAGUCGCCCUUCUCCGACGGGUGGCGGUACUGCCGUCGUCGUCGAGUGCAGUUGUCGAUAGGGCCAAGGCAAUUUCUGCGACGAAGAUCCCCACUUCCAACCUCUUGGCGACUGCCAGCAAAUACGGCAUGUAUUUUGACGCCGUGCAAGCGCUAGUGGCUGUGUGCAUUCUCACGGCGUACUUGACUUAAACUGCAAAGGCACUCUUUGAAAGUGCAAGGUUCCAUUGGUCGUUCGUUGCACAGUGAAGAACACACAAUUGAGAUUUAUAGCAGUCAGUACAAGCUCAGCCUUGAUUCUUCACUCCAUAUUAUUGCAACUACUACAAUUUGACUUUGAUGUGAAACCAUUCGAGGCCCACUGCGAGGACGCUCACGGCAAACAGGUACAACAGCAUGAUGCCGAAUCCCACGACCGGCGGCGCGUACAGCGUUUGCAUGGACAGGUUGACGGCGCCCGUGAUCAAAUUGGCAAUCAAAAACACAAACAACUGGUUGCGCGAAAUGCCUGUGAAAAUCAACGGCACCCGCGGCGACAUGC